AAAAGAAGGAUCUUGUUGUUAAAGAUUCACCUAAUCUGUCAUGGUUUUUCAAGAUUCUGUUUCUUUAUAUUAUUAUUGAUUAUUAUUUUCUUCAGUAACCCUACUCCAGUAGCUGCUGGAGACAUUGUGCAUGAUGACAAAUUUGCCCCCAAGAAGCCUGGUUGUGAGAAUGACUUUGUCCUGGUAAAGGUUCAAACUUGGGUUGAUGGUGUGGAAGGUGCUGAGUUUGUUGGUGUCGGUGCUAGAUUCGGAACUACGAUUGUAUCCAAGGAGAAAAAUGCAAACCAAACUCAUCUUACUCGAUCGGACCCUCGCGAUUGUUGCAGUCAACCAAAGAAAAAGCUUACUGGUGAUGUCAUCAUGGUGACCCGGGGUCGUUGCAAAUUCACAACAAAGGCGAAUUUUGCACAAGCAGCUGGCGCUUCAGCAGUACUUAUUAUAAAUAACCAAAGAGAACUCUAUAAGAUGGUUUGUGAGCCUGACGAAACCGAUCUAGACAUACACAUACCAACGGUUAUGCUUCCUCAAGAUGCUGGUGUGGAGUUAGAGAGAAUGUUGUCGAAUGGUUCAUCAAUUUCCGUGCAGUUAUACUCACCAAAAAGACCGGUUGUCGACAUAGCCGAAGUAUUUCUAUGGCUAAUGGCAGUUGGCACCGUUUUAUGUGCCUCUUAUUGGUCUGCAUGGAGUGCAAAUGAAGCAGCUAUAGAGCAUGAUAAAUUACUACAGGAUUUUUCAGAGGACCUUUCGAACGCAAAAGUUGUUGGUACAAGUGGGAUUGUGGAAGUCAACACAAAGUCAGCAGUCUUGUUUGUUGUUGGCUUCUUGAUUCUCCUUUACAAGUUAAUGUCGGAAUGGUUCAUUGAACUUUUGGUGGUCAUUUUCUGCAUAGGAGGUGUAGAGGGAUUGCAAACAUGCAUAGUUGCUUUGCUAUCAAGGUGGUUCAAACAUGCUGCACAAUCUUAUAUUAAAGUACCGUUUUUCGGACCUGUUUCAUACCUUACUUUGGCGGUUUUGCCGUUUUGCGUUGUUUUUGCGGUUCUUUGGGCAGUGUAUCGGCAAUCCAAGUUUUCAUGGAUCGCUCAAGAUAUACUCGGAAUUGCACUGAUAAUUACAGUACUUCAGAUCGUGCAUGUACCUAAUCUCAAGGUUGGGACCGUUCUGCUCGGUUGUGCUUUCUUGUACGACAUUUUUUGGGUUUUUGUUUCUAAAAAAUUGUUCCACGAAAGCGUGAUGAUUGUGGUGGCUCGCGGUGAUAAAAGUGGGGAGGAUGGUAUCCCGAUGCUGCUUAAGAUACCACGCAUGUUUGACCCGUGGGGCGGUUUUAGUAUUAUCGGCUUUGGUGACAUUCUUUUACCUGGUUUGUUAAUCACAUUUUCCCUCAGGUAUGAUUGGUUGGCAAAAAAGCGCAUCCGGGCUGGGUAUUUCUUGUGGGCAAUGUUCGCUUACGGGUUAGGUCUCCUUAUAACUUACGUAGCUUUAAAUCUGAUGGAUGGUCAUGGUCAACCGGCAUUGCUAUACAUCGUUCCCUUUACUUUAGGAACCUUUUUGUCACUGGGAAAGAAGAGAGGGGAGCUUGGAAUUCUGUGGUCGAGUGGUCAACCCGAAAGAGAGUGUCCACAUGUUCGGCUCGGACAAACUCAUGCACCAAAUGAAUAAAAAGUUAAAAACUACUUAUUGUUGUUUAUAAGUGUUAGGUUUAUAAUGUAGCAAAAAGUUCUUGUGUGAGUGAAGAAAUCUUGUUCGUAUAAUGUUUUUUCACACUCACUGAGUUGACUCAGUGAAAAACCUUGAAUGUGCUCACUUGGUUAUGAGUUGACUCAGAGUAAAGGUUCUGUAAUUGUUGACUAAACAAUAUCCAUUGCUGUCCAUUUUUUCAAAAUUCAUGUAAUAAGAUUUUUGACUUAUAUUA